GCUGCAGCUCGGCCCAACACCACAGUCCAGCCAAGACAUCAGAAGCAAUAUGUUCUCGAAGUUGGUGUUGUGUGUCGUAGUGGCGGUGGCGGCCGCGGCGCCCCAGGGGUACGGGCCACCUCCACCAUCUUACGGCGCCCCCUCAGGGCCUGUUGUGCCCAUCCUGAGGGACGAUCGUCAGGGACCUGACCAGGCCGGCAACUACAAUUUCAACUUCGAGACUGGUGACGGCAUCAAUCGUCAGGAGCAGGGCGCCCCUCAGGGCCCAGCUGGGGCCGUGGCAGCUCAGGGAGGAUGGUCGUUCACCUUCCCUGACGGCACUCCCGCAAACUUCAAGUUCGUAGCUGACGGUGCAGGCUACCGCGUGGAGUCCCCCCUGCUGCCCACGCCCCCUCCUCUUCCCCCACACGCCAUCGCCCAGAUUGAGUUCGCUCGUCAGCAGGAAGCCGCCGGCGGUCCCCGACCCCAGUACGGCGCUCCUCCUCCCAGACCAGGAUACAACUAAACCAUCACCGACUUCACCCACUCGUCUUCCCCACCCACUGACUAGUCCUCUCCCACAGUCACACAACACAAGCUGUUGCCUUGAACGUCCUUGACACGACUUAAAUAUAAUUGUAUAUAUACUUUGAGUAAAUCUUCAUUCUUCGUAAAAUGUGUAAGAGGUGCAAGCAUGGGCGUUAUGUGUUCACCUGUUUGCUCUCCUUAGAUCAUAGCGAGGAAGUCUUCUGGUCACCUUCCUUACUGCUUGUUUGAACGUCUUGCUAGUCAGCGAGUGGUCUCCUUCAUUAUCUUCCAAUCAUCCAGAUAUUUAUAAUGCAAAAUAUAUAUAUGAAAUAUAAAAUAUAGAUUUAUUAAUGCUGUAUAGUUUUCUCAAUAAAAAAAAUGAGAGAUA